AGUCAAAAGGGCGCCGAGGAACUACAAACCCAGAAGCCCUCGCGCCCACUCUUCUCCCUCCCCUCCUACAGUCGGAGUGCUGUUUUUGUUGUUGGUGAAAGGUGAGGGAACAGCUGAUCCGUCUGUGGGGAGGGCAGAUAUCUCGAGGGCAGGAUGGAAGAAUCAUCACUAAGCCGGGCACCAUCCCGGGGUGGAGUCACCUUUCUAAAUGUAGCCCGGACUUACAUCCCCAACACCAAGGUGGAAUGUCACUACACCCUUCCCCCAGGCACCGUGCCCAGUGCUAGUGACUGGAUUGGCAUCUUCAAGGUGGAGGCUGCCUGUGUUCGGGAUUACCAUACAUUUGUGUGGUCUUCAGUGCCUGAGAGUACAACUGAUGGCUCCCCUGUCCAUGCCAGUGUCCAGUUCCAAGCCAGCUACCUGCCCAAGCCGGGAGCCCAGCUCUACCAGUUCAGGUACGUGAGCCGCCAGGGCCGCGUGUGUGGGCAGAGCCCCCCUUUCCAGUUCCGAGAGCCAAGACCCAUGGACGAGCUGGUGACACUGGAAGAGACGGACGGUGGCUCUGACAUCCUGCUCGUGGUCCCCAAGGCAACCGUGCUGCAGAACCAGCUGGAUGAGAGCCAGCAAGAGAGGAAUGACCUGAUGCAGCUGAAACUGCAGCUGGAGGAGCAGGUGACGGAGUUGAGGAGCCAAGUACAGGAGCUCGAGAAGGUUCUGGCAACCACCCGGGAGGAGCACGCUGAGCUGGUGGAGCAGUACAAGGGGCUUUCCCGGUCCCACGGGGAGCUCACAGAAGAGAGGGACGUCCUCAGCCGGCAACAGGGAGACCAUGUGGCGCGCAUCCUGGAGCUGGAAGACGACAUCCAGACCAUCAGUGAGAAAAUGCUGACAAAGGAGGUGGAGCUGGACAGGGUGAGAGACACAGUGAAGGUGCUAACUCGGGAACAGGAGAAGCUCCUUGGGCAGCUGAAGGAGGUGCAAGCAGACAAGGAGCAGAAUGAGGCUGAGCUCCAAAUGGCACAACAGGAGAACCGGCGCUUGAAUUUGGAACUGCAGGAAGCCAAAGGCCGGCAGGAGGAACAGAGUGCUCAGGCACAGCGACUGAAGGACAAAGUGACCCAGAUGAAGGACACCCUAAGUCAGACCCAGCAGCGGCUGGCGGAGCUGGAGCCCCUGAAGGAGCAGCUUCGAGGGGCCCAGGAGCUGGCAGCCUCCAGCCAGCAGAAAGCGGCCCUUCUUGGGGAGGAGCUGGCCAGUGCCGCAGGAGCACGGGACCGCACCAUAGCCGAGCUGCACCGUAGCCGCCUGGAAGUGGCAGGAGUCAACGGUAGGCUGGCCGAGCUCAGUCUGCACCUGAAGGAAGAAAAGAGCCAGUGGAACAAGGAGCGGGCGGGGCUGCUGCAGAACAUGGAGGCAGAGAAGGACAAGAUCCUGAAGCUGAGUGCAGAGAUACUUCGACUGGAAAAGGCAGUUCAGGAGGAGAGGACCCAAAACCAAGUGUUCAAGACUGAACUGGCUCGGGAAAAGGACUCCAGUUUGGUGCAGCUGUCAGAGAGUAAGCGGGAGCUGACAGAGCUGCGGUCAGCCCUGCGUGUGCUCCAGAAGGAGAAGGAGCAGCUGCAGGAGGAGAAGCAGGAGCUGCUGGAGUACAUGAGAAAGUUGGAGGCCCGCCUGGAGAAGGUGGCAGAUGAGAAGUGGAAUGAGGACACUGCCACGGAGGAUGAGGAGGCCACUGCAGGCCUGAGCUGCCCGGCAGCUCUGACAGACUCUGAGGACGAGUGCCCAGAAGACAUGAGGCUCCCGCCCUACGGCCUGUGUGAGCGCGGAGACCCAGGCUCCUCUUCUGUCGGGCCACGAGAGGCUUCUCCCCUCGUUGUCAUCAGCCAGCCGGCUCCCAUCGCUCCCCACCUCUCAGGGCCAGCUGAGGACAGCAGCUCUGACUCAGAGGCUGAAGAUGAGAAGUCCGUGCUGAUGGCAGCUGUGCAGAGUGGGGGUGAGGAGGCCAACCUGCUGCUUCCUGAACUGGGCAAUGCCUUCUACGACAUGGCCAGUGGCUUCGCAGUGGGUCCCUUGUCAGAGGCCAGCACUGGAGGCCCCGCCACCCCCCCCUGGAAGGAGUGCCCUAUUUGCAAGGAGCGCUUCCCUGCUGAGAGCGACAAGGAUGCCCUGGAGGACCACAUGGACGGACACUUCUUUUUCAGCACCCAGGAUCCCUUCACCUUUGAGUGAUUGCACUCUCCCUGGUAUAUGCACAAAUACAUACACACACACACACACACACACUCACACACUCACUCAUGCACAGGCAUACACGUAGGUCUCAUGCCCAUCUGCCAUCACACAGGGCUCCAUGACACUGUGUUCCCUGGUCCUGUUUUCCUCCCAAAUUCUCAACUCCAUCCUGCCCUACCAGGCGCUUCUGACAGGCAGCGGUCCCUUUUGGAAGUAGUGGCUGAAUUUACCCCCCCGAAAGCGGUUUUGUCAGAACCAGGAUGGAGGAGGCCUUCCCAAGGAAGGAAACCCUCUCCCAGCCCGGUUGCUCUGUCACUCAUACCAGCCACCGCACCACCGCCCAGCACCAGACACACUCUACACUCCCCUCAUGCUCCCCUCAAGGCCCCAAAGCCAAUUCCCGGGGCACCCCACCCUCUUACUGUGUUUGUUUACUUGACUUUUCUCUGGAGCCUGCAUCGAGGUAGCCCAUGGGCUUCCUGCCUCUUCAGGUCUCUUUCAGUUGAGCUUCAUUGAUUUCUCUUUCUGACCCCGCCCCCUGCCUUCCACACCCCCCACUCUUUUCCUCACUGUUAGAUAUUAAGUUUGGCGGUUUCUUUUGUAUUUUUGAGAUUUUCUGCAUUCUUACCCCCUGCCCUGCCUGCCCCCACCCCCCAGUGUCCUCACAUGAAAAGAAACAACGCAUUUGUGCCUUCUGUGAGGGAAGGGGGAGCAAACGUCCCAGGUACCCUACUUCCCAGCCCCUCCUCCCUCUCCAGGCCCCCCCACAGCAAUAAGAGCUUCCCUCAAUAUUCUCUCUCCUGCCUGUAGUUUAGACAAAUAUAUUUAUAUGAUAUGUAUAACUAUUCUAAUAAAAUGUGUUCUUAUCAUGAGGUGUGA